CCUAUACAAAUACAGUAGAAGCUGGUAUUUCUUUCGAGAAACCUAAUCACUUUGACAUAGUUAUAGCCAUUACAAAUAUUAGAACUCCAGUUAAUGUAGAAGCAUUUAUUCAGAUGAUGUUCAGAAUUUGUGAUUGUGAAAAGUGUAUACUUUCUCUUUAUUAUCAAAAAAUUUCCAGUAAAUUUUCUCGUUUACCGGGCCAUGAAAAUAUUUAUGCAGAACUUGCAGUUGCUCGGCCCAAUGAUUUGCCUAUAGCAAUUAAAGGACAUUGUGAAUGGGAUAUAGAUAGCAUUUCCUAUAAACUCGAUCAAUCUUCUACUGUAACAUCAUUUAUUGAAGUUGAGCAUCAGAAAUGUCUUUCAGCUAGAAAUUUUAUCGAGAUUUCAUGUAGCCUUAUCGCUAGUACAGGAGCAAGUCUCAAACUAAUAAAAAUGGAUGAGAGUCGAGGAGUUAUAGGGAUUCAUAAAAAG